GUCACAGUUCGCGGAAUUGGCGGAAAGAGCAGGCUUCACGUCAGAAAGCGUCCCGGUGACCACUUGGACGUCGCGCAAAACUGCCUAUACGCGCUCUCGCAGCACCUACCGGCACCCGCAGCGAAAGUAUGCUCGUGUGUGGAGCGUGGGAGUAAUACCGUUCUGUAGAAGCCAUGGGAAAAGCGAUGUCUAUGCACGUGUUUUUCUUCUUCUUCAUCUUCUUCUUCUUCUCGUUGUGUGUCACGUGCUUCGCGGCAAACGAGGAAUACCCUGUUCUCAGGAGAAGCAGACAGCACUCAGACCUCCAGAACAGAGGCGUGUGGCCUCCUGAUGGAAAGAACAGGGAUUCUCUGAGGCACAGCAUAUACGAUGGCCAGCACCGUCUGCAGCCCACAACGCCUUAUUACACUACAGAGUCGCCGAGGAGGAGCGGCGGAUACGAUGGUCGUCGCGGUUCCAGUCGAGGUACAGGUCGCGGUAGCGGUCGUGACUCCGGUCGUGACUCUGGUCGUGACUCCGGUAGGGAUACUGACAGAGACUACGAGUACGGACCUGUGCAGCCACGGCGGGCAACAGUUCCGACGACUACCCCGAGGCCGUGCGCCACAGAAACAACAGCCAACCACGGUUACGUCGAGAGUCCAAACUACCCGGACACAUACCCAUCAGAUUCCGACUGCUAUACGGUUAUUCGUGGAAAACCAGGCGAGAUUAUCGUCCUCAUGUUUGAGACAAUCUUCAUGGAGCGUCAUCCUACCUGCGGAGCGGACUACGUUGAAAUAUACGACGGACCAUCCAUAGAAAGUCCGAGCCUAGGCCGAUACUGUCGUGAGACCCAGAAGCCAUUUGAAGAGAUCAAGACGACAGGCAACACGAUGAUGCUCCAUUUCCGUUCCGAUGAUAUCGUCAACCUUCAGGGCUACAGAGCCAAGUAUUGGACGGAAACCAUCACUCGAUCUUCACAAGCUCAGCCAAGCAAGUGUAGGGUCUGGUCAGAUGAAACCCGUGGAAUGAUCAGCAGUCCCGGAUACCCGGACAACUAUCCGCCCAACUCGACGUGUCGUGUUCCCUUGGACGCUGGCCCAGGCAACCUCAUCACACUCUACUUUAAUGACAUCCAGUUGGAUCCAUACAAAGACUGUCCUUACGACAAGAUCGAAGUGCGUGAUGGCCUCAAUGAAGAUGCCUACCUCCUGGGAAGGUUUUGCGGCACCGCCGGCGAACCCACAUCUGUAACUUCAUCCGGCAGCGCUUUGUUCAUCUCCUUUACGAGUGAUAGUUUCCUGAAUGGCCGGGGAUUCAAGGCAGAGUUCCUCAUCCACAAAAAGCCAGAAGUGGUUACGCACCAAACCGGCAAGAGCGGAUCGCCGAGCCAGAAACCCCGGGACCCAUUGGAACUCCUGGAGCAACCACAUGACGUUUCACUUCGCUACAGGGAGUCGCACAUUUUCCGCUGUAUGCCUCGGAGCGAUCAGGCCAAAACUACAUGGUACAAGGACGACAAAGAGUUGCACAUAUUGAACAACGACCCCAACUUGAAAGGUCUCUUACUAGUGGGUAACCAUACCGUAUGGGUGAAAGAGAUGGAUGUCUCCUUGCGUGGCAACUACACCUGCCGGGUGGUGGCCGAGAAAGGAUCGAGGGACGUCAAUUUCAAGAUCGCUUACGGGGGACCGGCCAUCGUUACGCCAACGUGUGAAAUUGUAAUGCGUAAGAUACCACAAGACGUGACCUUUACGGGCGGCGAAACCGUCAUCAUCCCCUGCGAGGGCGCUGGAGACCGCGUCAGCAGCCGAUGGACGCGCAACGGUGUGCGGCUGCCAUCCAGCGAUGGUCGGGUUACGGUGCUGCCCAUCGGCUUCCUCACAAUCAACGACUCCCGGCCCGAGGACAGCGGGGUCUACAGUUGCAUCACCACGGAUGAAGGGAAGAACUGCUCGCGUACCAUCAGUGCAGCCAUUGUGGUUCUUCCAAGAGCGAAAUUGGAGGAAGUCUGUGGUCGCGUCAUGAUCAACCCUCCUCGUCAAGUGGAACGCAUAUCCGGUGGCCAGGACGCAAGAAGAGGAGCUCAUCCCUGGCAGGCUUUGCUCCGGUACCGAAGUGGCGAUGCCUUCUGCAGUGGCAGCCUGGUGUCCGAGCGCUACGUGGUGACGGCUGCCCAUUGCGUGGAGAACCUGCGCACGCGCACGGCUGGCAUCGAGGUGGCUCUGGGAAAGCUCUUCAUCGACAAAGAGGAGACAGAUGAGGUGGUGACCCACGUGCGGGACAUCCGCAUCCAUCCAAACUACAGGCUCGUCACCGUCGACAGUGACAUUGCACUGGUGGAGCUUGCGGAUCACAUCGUGUUUACCAAAUAUGUGAUGCCAGUGUGUCUGGGGAAUCCGGACCAUGUAGAGAAGGUGUUCUUCAAGCGGCCAAAGCAAAAAGCCUUCGUCACUGGCUGGGGCCGUUCUGCCGAGUCGGUGAAGGCCUCGUCUCGUCUCCAAGAAGUCGAGGUCCCCAUCCACUCCCCCGACACCUGCAUGAAGUCGACGAACUUCACGGUCACUGAAAACAUGUUAUGUGCUGGAGCCACGAUCGGUGGAGUGACCAGGGAUGCUUGCGAUGGAGACAGCGGAGGCCCUCUAGUGAGUGAACAUGAAGGAAGCUGGUAUCUACUAGGCAUUGUAAGCUGGGGAGAGAGUGCCAUCUGUGGAGAUAAGGGAAGCUAUGGCUUCUACACCAAAGUGAACCGCUUCCACUCUUGGAUCAAGGGCAUCGUCAAUUAGCACGACGUCGACUAAAAGUCACGCUAACAACGCACGCGGCAUCCAAGAUAAUUGUGGUUGUCUUGGGAAAUCCAGUCUUGUGAUCUAGUUGUGAAACUGACCUUGUGACCUGAGCAUUCAACAGCAAGGUGUGUCGGCUCAGGUUGAUGAACAAUGUGGAAUUGCAUAGUUAUAGGAAGUCACGACUUCCUGAUCGGAGCCUUUGGUCUUCAUGCCAAGACCGACAAUCCAGAAAUGAAAAGCAGAAGUGAAAUGAUAAAACGCGGAAUAUCUGCUCGGACAGCAAACACAGGUUGCAGCACUGAUUGGCCUACUUCGUUGGGUCGAGGCGAUGCACAUGUUGGAUCGACAUUAGAUGCCUAGCGAACUUGAGCUGGCAGUUCUUCCCUUUUUUCUUUUUUUGCCGUUUUGAAAACAGGGUGAGCAUGAGGCAGUGAGAAUAAACUCGUCAUGAACUGUC